CGGCCGGGGAGGUGCUCCCUUACUGCCCCGCGGUCUGCGCUCGCUAGAUGCCCGCAGCCCGCCCAGCCAUUUUUAGACCGCGUUCCAUGACUUAUCCAUCUUUAUGCAUCGCCCAGUUUUCAGUCACGUCCUCCCACCUCCCACGACUCCAUCCUCAUCCUUCCCCCCUCCAUCUCGAUCAUCGACGACUCGCUGAAUGUGCCUCUUACCGCUGCCAAGACCAGCUUAGUCUCCGAAGCGGCAACUAGCCACAAUGAACCGCCAGCAGAAUUACAUGCAGCCGCGAAAGUCGGGCCCCGUCUACCAACAGCAUCCCCACCCCGCGCAACAACAGGCGCAUCUCUCGCAGCAAGCCGCACAGCAGCAACAGCAACAGCACAGUCAGCAGCGCCAGCAGCAGCAAGCCCGGCAGGCCGAUGCCGCUCGUCGCGCAAAACAGCCCACCGAUCGCACCAUCCCCGAUGAAUUGACCGAGGUGGUGGUGGGCGAUGGCGUGGAGCGCUACGACCAACUGCGCGCGGUGGAGAGGAGGUUGGACGCGACAAUGAUGCGGAAAAGACUGGACGUCAACGACAACGUCAAUCGCCGCUACACGCGCAGAGACGGUCUUUUGCGGGUCUGGAUCAGGAAUACCGCGGAGGGCCAACCGUGGCAGGUCAUGGAGGAGGGCAUGGCACUGGGCGAGGAUGGCACGAUUGACUUUGGCGAUUCGAGUGCCGCCACUUUCCGCGUCAAGAUUGAAGGACGCUUCGAAGACGACGAGGCGCAAGAUGGCGUCGACAAGGGGAAGAGUCGGGACGCGCAGGCAGCAGAAGAUGACAGACCAGCGAGCACUGCAGAAGCAAAGGCCCCACCCGCUCGCCGGCCGAGAUUCAGCCAUUUCUUCAAGUCCAUCACCAUCGACUUUGACCGCAACCCUGCGCUGCAGCCGGAUGGCUACAGUGCGAUUGAGUGGCGCAAGCCGGGCACCGGGUCCAACGUCGACCCGGCCAACAGCGAAGCUAGCUUCGACACACUCGAGUUUGAGCGCAAAGGAGACGAAAACAUCAACAUCACCAUCAGCCUCGUGCGCGAUGAAUGGCCGGAAAGAUGCAAGCUGAGCCCGGCAUUGGCGGAGAUUCUGGACAGCGAAGAGGAAGAUAUGUUGACCGUGCUCCACGGGAUCUGGGAAUAUGCGCGCGCCAUGGGACUUCAGGAAGACGAGGACAAGAGGAACAUUCGGUGUGACGAGCCUCUGCGACGACUCUUCCACCGAGACUCCAUCUUCUUCCCCGAGGUCCCGAGCCACCUGCAUCCCCAUCUCCAGCCGUUGCCGCCGAUCAAACUCAACUACACCAUCCGCGUGGAUAAACCGUAUAUCGACGGCAGCGACGGCACCGGCCCCAGCGAACCCACCGUCUACGACCUGCGAGUUCCCCUGGCCAAUCCGCUCACCUCACACAUCGCCCGCUUCCAACGCACGCAACAAACCAACCCCGCGCACAUUGCUGCCCUGCGGCAAAUCACCUCGCUCGACACCGAAUUGGCUCUCCUGGCGCAGAAGAUUCACCAGACAAACGCAAAGCGGAAGUUCUACGAAAACCUAGCCAAGGAUCCGGUGGGCUUUGUGAAGCGGUGGACGAGCAGCCAGCGGAGAGAUCUGGAGGUGAUUCUGGCGGAAGAGAGGAACGCGGGACUGGAGGGGACGGGCAGUGGGUUGAUGACGGAGGAGUGGAGACGCGGGGGCGAUGAGGGUGUCUGGGGCACGGGGGUGGCGAGGGAGAGUGUCGGGCUGUGGUUGGCGAGGAUGGGUAAGGGGUAUUGAGGGCAUGGAAGAUGGGUGGGAGACCAAUGGCAUUCUAAGCGCGGCGCUGGGGUUGCUUGCAUCGGUAGACGAUGUGUUGAAAUGAAACGCGAUUGCACAAGCUAAU